AUGGCCGGCCAAAUUAUCACCGUCUCUUUCAGCAGGAUGCUUGCAACAUCCCUAGCUAAUCAGGAUAUGAGGAAUCAGCGCUGGAGGAAAAGAAAGGUUUCCCGACAGGAGGCGCUUCCCCUGAUAGCAGUCGAAGAUAGGAAGCGAAGUAGCGGUUCCGAGGAGAAGAAGCGAAGCAGUGGCUGCCAGAACAGUCUCCGCCGUUGCUGCCGUCAAGGUUUGGGAAUCCAUAAACGCAAGAUUGCGUCGCCCUCGAGGAUGGGAUUGGAUUGCGAUUACCCCCAAAGUAAACGGCAACGAUGCACAAAAAUCACGAUGUGGCGAUUCCAUCUUCCGUUGUCUACCGAUUUAAAAAGUGAUGAAGGAGAUGGUCCUAAUCCCCUGUCUAUCCCUCCUGCGAAACCAGCAGAAGAGGAAAAUUUCCUUGGCGCAUCGCGGAAACAAGGUCUUAGACCCCGAGAUGGGGCAAGGUCUCCGGCGAAGCUUGGCGAGAAAAAAGUGACCGGAAAAUCCCGCCUACUCCGGCCGGCGACGUUCCCUCCUGCGAAACCAGCAGAAGAGGAAAAUUUCCUUGGCACCUCGCGGAAACAAGGUCUUGGACCCCGAGAUGGGGCAAGGUCUCCGGCGAAGCUUGGGAGAUAA